AAGAGACUCACAACCUUUCAAUGCCUACUUUUCCUUGCUCUUUCCAAAAUAAAAUUUUAUAUAGUCCUCAAACGCACAUCAUGUGGUGGUCUUGUUCCACUGAAGCACCGUAUGUUUGACAGUAACUAAGCUUUGACACUAGGAGAUCUAGUGGGAAACGUUCGCAUUGCAGCAUAUCUAAAUUCCAUGCCCUUCGCGUUCUCAUUUGGCAAAGCAGAUCUUAUGGCCAAUGGACAAAACAAAUGACUGGUUAUUGGGUAGAACGCGUGGAUCCAAUCCAAGCAACACCCAAAUCAAUGGCUUAGCUUGAAGCAUAAACCCUGUUUAGAUCUUCCUCCCUCACUGUUCUAGCAGAAUUCAGCAAUUUGUGUUAUCACCAAGAUAUCGAUUCAGCACAAACAACAACGAAUAGAAGAGUAGAAGCAAGUUCAAAGAGGUGAGAGAAAAUCAGAGCACAUUCAUGGCUUCGACCACAACCAACCCUCUGCUUUCCUCAACAUUCUUCGCUCACAGAACCCUUCUCUCUCCCCCAACUCCCAAAAUCACCAGACCACCACUGCCCUCCCUCCUCAAACCUAAGCCCAUAAUCGUUCGGGCCAUUCUCCACAAAAAUCCCAAUUCAAAAACUCUAGAUAAAACCCCAUCUCAGGCCACUCUAGCCGCCCUCCUCUUUUCUUCCCUCACUCAAACCACUCCUCAAGCCCUAGCCCUAGAUCCUGCAACUCCACCACCGCAGCCCCCACCUCUAAUUCAAGCUGAAACCACAAAACCCCAACCCUCAAAUGCUCCACCCUUUUCGCAGAACCUCCUCCUGACCGCCCCAAAACCCCAAACCGCCCCUGACCUCCCGGAGGGCAGCCAAUGGCGAUACAGCGAGUUCUUGAACGCAGUCAAGAAGGGCAAGGUCGAAAGAGUCAGGUUCAGCAAGGACGGCGGCGCCCUCCAGCUCACGGCCAUCGACGGCCGCCGAGCCACCGUAGUCGUCCCCAACGACCCUGACCUUAUUGACAUUUUGGCCAUGAACGGCGUUGACAUAUCCGUCGCCGAGGGCGACGCCGGUAAUGGGUUGUUCAAUUUUAUUGGGAAUUUGCUGUUCCCGUUCCUGGCUUUUGCGGGAUUGUUCCUCCUGUUCCGGCGAGCUCAGGGAGGCCCCGGCGGGCCAGGCGGGCUCGGAGGGCCGAUGGAUUUCGGGCGGUCCAAGUCGAAGUUCCAGGAGGUCCCGGAGACUGGCGUUAAUUUCGCCGACGUCGCCGGGGCCGACCAGGCAAAAUUGGAGUUACAGGAGGUGGUGGAUUUCUUGAAGAACCCGGACAAGUACACUGCCCUUGGAGCUAAGAUUCCAAAAGGGUGUCUUUUGGUUGGACCGCCGGGAACUGGGAAGACCCUUCUGGCAAGGGCGGUGGCGGGAGAAGCCGGUGUACCGUUCUUCUCGUGCGCAGCAUCAGAGUUUGUGGAAUUGUUCGUGGGAGUUGGGGCUUCUAGAGUUCGGGAUUUGUUUGAGAAGGCGAAGUCCAAAGCACCCUGCAUUGUGUUCAUAGACGAGAUUGAUGCGGUGGGGAGGCAGAGAGGGGCAGGUCUCGGGGGUGGAAAUGAUGAGAGGGAGCAGACUAUUAAUCAGCUGUUGACAGAAAUGGAUGGAUUUUCAGGGAAUUCAGGGGUUAUCGUGUUGGCAGCGACGAACAGGCCUGAUGUUCUUGAUUCGGCAUUGUUGAGGCCGGGAAGGUUUGAUCGCCAGGUUACUGUGGAUAGGCCUGAUGUUGCUGGUAGAGUCAAAAUCCUCCAGGUGCACUCUAGAGGAAAGGCUCUUGCAAAAGAUGUUGACUUUGAAAAGAUUGCAAGAAGAACUCCCGGUUUCACAGGUGCUGAUUUGCAAAACUUAAUGAACGAGGCAGCCAUUCUUGCAGCCAGGCGUGACUUGAAGGAGAUUAGCAAAGAUGAGAUAUCAGAUGCUCUGGAGAGGAUCAUUGCUGGCCCAGAGAAGAAAAAUGCAGUAGUCUCGGAAGAAAAGAAGAAAUUAGUUGCCUAUCAUGAGGCUGGGCAUGCUCUUGUUGGUGCACUUAUGCCUGAGUAUGAUCCCGUGGCCAAGAUAUCCAUCAUUCCUCGUGGUCAGGCUGGUGGUCUUACCUUCUUCGCUCCAAGUGAAGAGAGGCUCGAGUCUGGAUUGUACAGCAGAAGCUACCUGGAGAAUCAGAUGGCUGUUGCACUUGGUGGAAGAGUUGCUGAAGAGGUUAUUUUUGGCCAAGAGAAUGUAACAACUGGGGCAUCCAAUGACUUCAUGCAAGUUUCGCGAGUGGCACGGCAAAUGGUCGAGAGAUUUGGGUUCAGCAAAAAGAUUGGACAAGUUGCAAUUGGUGGACCAGGGGGCAAUCCCUUCUUGGGUCAACAGAUGUCAAUGCAGAAGGAUUAUUCAAUGGCAACUGCAGAUGUGGUGGAUGCAGAGGUGAGGGAGCUGGUAGAGAAGGCUUACUCAAGGGCCAAGCAUAUCAUCGCAACCCAAAUAGACAUCCUUCACAAGCUUGCCCAGCUCCUCAUAGAAAAAGAAACUGUUGAUGGGGAUGAGUUCCUGAGCCUCUUCAUCGAUGGAAAAGCAGAGCUAUUUGUCACCUAAUUACACACUUGAUAACCUUCAAAAUCGUGUUGUAUUAUAAAAACCUCAAAUACAUUUUGUGUACACAGUGUUAAACCCAGUUCAUCAUUCAAGAAAUUCAGGAAACAAAAAAUAGCACUACCAAUUUUCCAAAAAUAGGACAAAAAAAAAAAAGAAAAA